GACUUGAGGUCAAGCGACAGGGGAAGAUCUGAAAGCUGGGGGCGUCCGACUAAAUCUCACCGAAGCGAUGGUGAGCAGCGCUCAAACCUAAGGCUAGGGACAAGAAAAUGUAUUAAUAAGGGCAGGCUGUGCGCAUUGGUCCGUGCGCAGCUGGUCUGUGCGCAGCAUGCCGACGCGGCCCCGGGGGCCGUAGAUAACGACGUGUCCAUAUCAGGCAGGUAG